ACUCCCCUACCUUCGUCGAGCUUACAAAGCCGGCCCCCCUCGUUACCUGGUCGAAAAUGCUCGACUAAUGCGAUAAGUAACUUUGUUUUCCUUACAAAAUAGCCUCCAUUGAUCUUGGAUAAAACCAAUUCCUUCGGGUAUUCAUAGUGUGAUCUUAUAAAAGGAUCCGCAAGAGUUGAAAUCGUUUCCUUUUUCUAAUUACUAUGUUACAAUUGUUAUAUUUUACUAUAAUAAUUUCACUGUAAGACGCGCGUGGUGCAUCAUCGAUCAUAUCGAAUUGAUAACGCAUGACCCACACGGUGCGUCAUCGCUUGAAUUCAAUGUAUAGCGCAUAUUAAGCGCAUAGAAAUGCAAAGAAAUUAUUUCUCUUUUUCCUUAAUUUACGACGGGAUUACGAAGAGCAACAAACUUCGAGUCGUCUCACGAUCGACAACUUUCGAGGAAGAGUGAUAAUUAGAAGAAUAUGUGGGUCAACUAGUUAGAUCCGCGGUUUCAAAGUAUCGUUACGAUACGAAAUGUGCAUCGAGCGAUUUCUGUCGGCAGUAUAGAAAUCGAACGGUAGUUUAAGCAUUUUGUUUCCAUUGCCUUUCGAAUGCUUGCUCGAAGCUAUGACAUUGUUGAUGAGAGACCCUGAUCGACAUCAGUUUCAAAGAUAGAGCAUGCGUGAGCUACUUACCUGAUUCAACAAAACUGACUCUGUUUGCACGCUUUUACCCCUGCUAAUGAGCGCUAAUAGCGUUAGGAAGGAAACUGGUGAAGGAAUACGAAGUAAAAGUGGUUCUACGAAACAUUAAGUUGAAUGAUCCUAUACUUUAUUAAUUCCAUUGUACAAGAGUCGUAUUCCGUUUACAAUUUAUGAUCCACGCGAAGUACAGCUUCGUUUCUUCCUGGUAUCUUCGUCUUCAGGACUCUGAAAUCUGGUAGUUCGGUGAAACAUCGAAAACAAUGACCCCUCUGCGCGAAGACAAUAAGGAGGGGUGAUCCACGUUCGUGCUCCUCCUCGUACAGGCAAAGCUUCGAAGCGCACGUUAUAUAAUUGUGGUAGAUUACUAGCAACGUUGGUCACAUGCAGUCUGCUGUACUCAGCACUCAGCUCGCCAACGCUCUCAGUGGACAUUCGGCCACGGAACGACCUGAGCGUCGCACCACCAGGAUGGAAACCCAGACGAGAGGAAACGCGCCCACGUCGAUCACGUGGAAACGGCUGAAGGAUAUACUUCUCGACCUACACUUGAACGUGGAUCGUAUUUUUUAUUAUAUUGGCCUGAGCAUAGGGAAAAGACCGUGGCUAUGGUUGUUGGUAUCCUUCUGCCUAAACUGUGCCUGCGCGUCAGGAUUGUUCUUCUGGAGGGAAGAGCUGGACAACGUGAAACUGUUCGUACCCCACGACUCCAUUAUCCGCGCCGAUGCAGCCUGGGUGAAAAAACACUUCCGGGACGACUUUCGAUACGAAAGUAUCAUCGUUACAGCACCGAAUGUUCUGGAGCCAGAAGUGCUGCGUUCGAUCAGCAAAAUUGAAGAAUCAGUGAAGUCCGUGGUGGUGAAUAACAAUUCCUGGGAAGACGUGUGUGCUGGAUACCUCACCUGGUUCAGCAAGGAUAACACCACGGAUGUCUUCAAGGAUCUUGAAAUACCCGAGGACAUGAUAGAACAAUUGAACACCAUGAUGGUGGACGGUUGUAUAUAUCAAUCAAUUUUACAACUCUGGGAGAAUACCUUGUUAAAGGAUGUUCGUAAUCUGACGAAGAAGGAGGUGCUGGAAGAUGUGACCAAGGCGGUGAAACACAAAAUUAAAAACACAUUGCACGACAUUGUUCCCCUUCUGUCGGGCAUCGUUUACGACCGAAAAGGUCGGGUGAAAAGCGCAAACGCGACGAUCUUAAACUGGAUGCUGAAGAAGUCUAAUCAAAAUUCGGCUGAAUGGGAAUUGGAAUUUAUAAAUCGAGUUCUUUACACGAAUAGGACGUUACCUCCGGGAAUGAAGGUAUACGCCAUCGCCACGCGAAGUUAUCUUGACUCUUUGCAGCAAAUCUUGAACAGUAAUUUCAUGGUAUUGGGCUGUGGAAUAUCUUUGAUCGCUGUUUACGUGAUGGCAAUGAUCGGUAAAUGCAACGCGCUAGAACAACGGAUUUAUUUGUCGGUGAUGGGGGUGUCUGUGGUUGGUCAAGCGAUUUUGUCGUCCUACGGGUUGUGCUACUAUCUGGGAUACUCCUAUGGACCCAUACAUUCCAUUCUACCGUUCCUCUUGCUCGGCAUAGGCGUUGACAACAUGUUCGUUAUUAUGCAAAGUCUGAAUAAUUUGUCAGAGACGGAUCAGUCUUCAGGAAUUCCCAUACGCAUCGCUAAAACUGUUCAACAAGCUGGUAUGUCCAUCACAGUCACAUCCUUUACAAACAUGACCGCAUUCGCCUUUGGUGUUACCAGUAUAAUGCCGUGUCUUGGAUCAUUUUACGUAUUUGCCACUCUUGGAAUUAUGUUCUUGUACGUGUACGAGAUUACAUUUUUCAUAAGUUGCUUGGUGUACGACGAGAAGAGACUUGAAGCACAAAAGGACGGCUGUUUCUGUCGUCCAAGAUUAAACUGGAAACCAAAUGAAUGCAGUCAGAGGAAUACUCAGCAGAUUAUUUUCGAGAAUUACAUUGGGCCAAGAAUCACCAAGAUCUCGACGAAAGUAGUUAUCCUGAUGAUCACUGCUAUCUUUUUAUGUAUCAACGCAUGGGCAGUGUUUCAGCUGGAGCAGAAUUUCGACCCCCUCUGGUACUUAAAUCAAGAUUCUUAUCCAAUUCAGUUCAAUGAAAAGCUGAAAGAAUAUUUUCCAAAGUAUGGAAAACGAGCUGCAAUUUAUAUGACCGGCGUAGACUAUUACGAGGACCGUGAAGCUCUUUACCAGCUUGUGGAUGUUCUCAAACGCAAUCAGUUUGUUAAUAAUAAUACCCUAGAUCCCUGGUUCAUUGCUUAUGAAAAAUGGCUAAACGACACUAACAAAAAUGAUAUUGAAAGCGAAGAAGAAUAUUACAAUGUCUUGACAGAAUACUUACUUUUAACGAAAGAAGGACAAGUGUACAUCAAGGAUAUAAGUUUUGAUAAGCUGCCAGUUGGGGAAUACAAUAUAACGACAUCACAAAUUCCAAUACAACACAUUCUGAUUAAUACAACGUCGCAGCAAAUACAAGCAAUGCAAUCCAUCAGAGAAACAAUUCAGGCUACAAACUUUUCUCAGGGGCACAAUUACAUUGCCAUUUUUUCGCAUGAUUAUGUUUCAUGGACAGCAAACAAGAUUAUAGGAGAAGAACUAAUUAGAAACUUGUCUUUAGAAAUAGUAUCUAUUGGAGUAGUAAUAGUGAUAUUCCUUAGAAAUUUACAAACAUCGUUCUGGGUACUCUGUUGUGUUUUCUUCACUCUCGUCGACUUAUUAGGUUCCAUGUACUUUCUGAAUUUGACUGUUGAAAUAUCUUCGAGCAUCACCACUUUAUUGUGCGCGGGAUUGGCAGUCGAUUAUGCUGCCCAUAUUGGUUUAGAAUUUAUACGUGUAAAGGGCAGUAAAAAUGAACGUGCGAUCGCAACACUUUCUGUUAUUGGCCCAGCUGUGUUUAACGGAGGCUUAAGUACAUUUCUGGCAUUUGUUCUGUUAGGUUCUAGCGAGGCUUAUAUAUUUCGUACUUUUUUUAAGUUGUUCACUUGUGUAGUGGUAUUUGGUCUGUUCCAUGGACUGUUGUUCUUACCGACCAUUUUGAGUUUAGCAGGCCCUAAUGAAAUGCGAACUAAAGUAGAAAAGAAGGAGACUGUUGUUUCGGAACAUAAUGGAUACUGUAAUGUUCCUUUAUCUCAAAAUGAAAAAGAUUCAGGGACCAGAACUGCCAAGUAAUAUUUGAUAAUACAUAAAAGACUGUUUAGAUAAGUAUUUGAUUACAAAAUUAUAGCAUAUCAAUUGCAACUGUAAGACCAAUGCACAUGUACUGUAAAACAGUAGUUUAUACAUUCUUUGUUAAUCUAUCCUUUUGUAAAAAAAAAAAGUAAAAUAAAA